AAAGAGAAGGUUAACAGGAAGUUAGAUGAAAGCUGGCUGGCAGGAGAGACUAGCUAGUUAGCGGUUUUUCCAUCGUUUACAGUACCUUUUUAUUUCACAAUAGUGGAUUUUCAAAAGGAAGAACAUUCGGAAACAUGAGAACACCAUUGUGGGAUCGUAGAAAUACAGCGCCAAAACUAUGCUUUUCACUUUUCGGCUUCCUCCUUUUUGUUGUUCCCAACGUUAUUACGGCUCUAAGCGUCGGCGAGGCGAGGCUUGUCAGAAGCAGCACUAAUGAUGAAGCGAAAGAGAUUGAAGACUACCAAAAAUACUAUAAUUAUUUGGAAAUGACCCAGCUACUGAAGUCCAUGGCGUUGAAAUAUCCUCAUAUCGCAAACCUAUCCAGUAUAGGCCUGUCCGUGCAAGGCAGGGAGUUGUGGGUUAUGCGAAUCACAAAGGACCCCAACGCCGACAUACCGGGGAAACCCAAAUGUAAAUACGUGGGGAACAUGCACGGAGAUGAAACAAUCUCUAGGCAAGUAUUGUUAUACCUUGUGGAGUACCUACUGGCGAGGUUUGGAGAGGACGCGCGCAUCACGGAGUUGGUGACGAACACGGAUAUUUACAUUAUGCCCAGUAUGAACCCAGACGGGUUCGAAAAGUCCUUGGAAGGGGACUGCAAUGGCGUCUCGGGGGGUCGUUCAAACGCCAAUAACAUUGACCUCAACAGAAGUUUUCCCGACCAGUUUGACAAAAUCAACGUCACGCAAGAGGACAUUCCCGAGGUUACAGCUGUCAUUAAAUGGAUCCUGGACCAAAAGUUUGUGCUGUCAGGGAACCUCCAUGGGGGCACUGUGGUGGCCAGCUAUCCCUUUGAUGACUCCGCUUCCCACAAGAUGCAGGGUUACUACAGCCGCUCUGUGGACGACAAGCUCUUUAAACACCUGGCACUGACCUACGCCAAGAAUCACCCUGUCAUGAGGACCGGGGAGCCCAAAUGCCCUGACUCCCCCGACGAGACCUUCAAAGAUGGCAUCACAAAUGGAGCAGAGUGGUAUGAUGUGCCUGGAGGUAUGCAGGACUUUAAUUACCUGAAUGGAAACUGCCUGGAGAUCACCAUAGAGCUGAGUUGCUGUAAAUUUCCAUUAGCCUCCGUUUUAAAGAAGGAGUGGGACUACAACAGGGAGUCGCUUAUUGCCUAUUUGGAGCAGGUCCACAUUGGAGUGAGAGGCUACGUGAAGGAGGCUACUAGUGGGACACCGCUGCCUGACGUCAGGAUUGUGGUGGCAGGCAUCAACCACAACCUCACCACGGCCCAGUUUGGUGACUACUACCGGUUGCUGCUCCCAGGGACAUACAAUGUAUCUGCUGUAGCCACAGGGUACAUGACCAGCACGGCAUUUGGGGUCCGAGUUGCAGAGGGCAAGGCCGCCGAACUCAACUUCACUCUGACACCCUUGGGAAAGGAACCUAUUGAAGGCAUAGCCAAAUCCUCUACCCCUACCACCACUACAGCCCAAGCGGUCUCCACCUCUACUGAGCCCUCCAGCACCGUCCCUGAGAUGGAGGCCGCUGAUGAUUCAAUAAUCUCCAAUUCCCCGGAGGUCCAGCCCCCAUCCCAGCCUGAGCACCAGCCCAUCCAGCCACAGAAAUUCCGCCACCACGGAUAUAAUGACAUGGAGCUGUUCUUGCGGAUGUACAGGACUGACUUCCCCUCAAUUACCCAUCUCUACUCUGUUGGGAAGUCGGUUCAGGACAAAGAGCUGUACGUCAUGGUGAUUUCAGACAACCCCACCGUCCACGAGCCAGGUGAACCAGAGUUCAAGUACAUAGCUAACAUGCAUGGGAACGAGGUGGUAGGUCGGGAGUUGCUCCUCAACCUCAUUGAGUACCUCUGCCUUAACUAUGGCAGCGACCCUGAGGUCACCCAGCUGGUCAAUUCAACCCGGAUACAUAUCAUGCCUUCCAUGAAUCCUGACGGUUAUGAGAUUGCCAAAGAGGGUGAUGUCCGAGGGUACACAGGACGCAACAACAGUAACAACUAUGAUCUGAACCGUAACUUCCCUGACCAGUUUACUGUCAUCACUGAACCCAGGCAGCCUGAAACCGUCGCCGUAAUGAACUGGAUCCGGAAUAAUCCCUUUGUGCUCUCAGCCAACCUACACGGAGGGUCACUGGUGGUUAACUACCCAUUUGACGAUGACAAGCAGGGACGUUCAGAGUACAGCAAAUGCCCUGAUGACAAGGUCUUCCAACAGGUGGCCAGAGCCUACUCUCAGGAAAAUGAGCUGAUGCACAAAGGGCAUCCUUGUGAGAGCCUUUACCCACAGGAGUUCUUUGAGGACGGCAUCACCAACGGCGCCAACUGGUACAAUGUCCCUGGAGGGAUGCAGGACUGGAACUACCUGAACUCCAACUGUUUUGAGGUGACUAUAGAGUUGGGCUGUGUGAAGUACCCGAAGGCCCAGGAACUUCCCUCGUACUGGGAACAGAAUCGCAGAGCCUUACUGCAGUUCAUCCACCAGGUUCACAGAGGAGUGAAGGGCAUGGUGAAAGACAGGAAAGACGGUACGGGCAUCCCCAAUGCCACCAUAACGGUGGAGGAGAUCGAUCAUCCAGUCACCACUAGCUUGGCUGGAGACUACUGGAGGCUGCUGAUCCCUGGAACGUACCACCUCACAGCUUCGGCACAGGGGUACAACUCCGUUAAGAUCUACGCCACAGUGCCGGAGGAGGGAGUGGAGAUUGUUGACUUCCGGCUGACACGGGUGCAUUUGGAGCCCAAUGGCCAGGCAUCUAAGGACCUGGGGGCCACCCAGGACCCUGCAGAGGUGGAGUUACAGAGCUUCAUUAAGGAGCUUUCACUGGGCCAGGGGCUGGAGCAGCUGAUUCAGAGUACAGCAACAGAGAGCAUCUUCAGAUACCGACGCUACCAGGAGCUGUCAGAGUUUCUACGGGGUUUGACUCUCAACUUCCCCAAGAUUACUUUACUGCGCAGUUUGGGCCACAGUGUGGAGUUCCGAACCAUCUGGGCCUUGGAAAUCUCCAACAAACCUGACGAGCCCGAGCCGUCCAAACCAAAGAUCCGCUUUGUGGCCGGUAUCCAUGGCAACGCACCUGUGGGCACGGAGCUACUUCGGGAGUUUGCUGCCUUCCUCUGCAUUAACUACGGCAAAAACCCAGCCAUUACCAGGUUGAUCAAUGAGACCCGCAUCAUCAUCCUUCCCUCCAUCAACCCAGACGGACGAGAGCUGGCGCGAGAGAAGCAGUGCAACUCUACUUUGGGAAUGACCAACUUACAUGGCAAAGACCUGGACACUGACUUCUUUGGUAACGCCUCACACCGUGUCGUUGAGGCUCAGCCAGAGACCAGGGCAGUGAUGAAUCUGAUCUUAGAGAGAGGCUUCUCACUCUCUGUGGCCUUGGAUGGAGGCUCCCUGUUGGCUACCUAUCCUUAUGACAAGCCUGUGCAGCCAGUCGAAAAUGAGGAAACUCUGAAGUACUUGGCCAAUGUGUAUGCCACAAACCAUCCCAAGAUGUACCUGGGGGAUACAGGAUGUCAAAUCAAUGGCCAGAUGGGGAACAUUCCGGAUGGAGUUCUCAGGGCAGCUGAGAGGCAAAGUCACAUGGGCAGCAUGAAGGACUUCAGCGUGGACUUCGGCCACUGUCCAGAGAUCACAGUGUAUACCGGCUGCUGUCUGUUUCCCCCGGCUGGACAGCUGGCCACACUGUGGACCGAAAACAGGAAGGCAUUGCUCAGCAUGCUGGUGGAGGUCCAUAAAGGGGUGCGCGGGAUAGUAAGGGAUAAGAGUGGCAAACCCAUUGUGGGGGCCAUGAUUGUGUUGAAUGGAGGUGUGCGGGUGUUCUCGGGUGAGGGAGGCUACUUCCAUGCCCUGCUAGCACCAGGAAACCACAACGUUGAGGCUGUGGCCGAUGGCUAUCAGCAGCAACGGCAUGAGGUGGUUGUGUCUGCGUAUGAAGCCGCCAGCUACAUCGUCAUUGAGUUUGACAUGGACAACCGCAUCUUUGGUCUGCCCCGGGAGUUCGUUGUGGCUACUGCAGCGGCCUCCAUGACGGCCCUGGUGGUAACAGCCUGUAUCAUCUGGUGCGUGUGCUCGGCUAAAUCCGGCCAGCAGAAGGACGGUUUCCACCGGCUGCGCCAACACCGUGAUGACUAUGAGGAUGAGAUCCGCCUCAACUCCAUUGGCUCCAAGAAGUCCCUGCUCUCCAAUGAGUUCCAAGAUGAGAGUGAGAGCGACGAGGACACGCUCUAUGCCAACGCCAACAAAUUCUGAGCUGGAUCUUGGAUCUGUCUUGAGAUACUCUGGGGUCCUACAUACAUAAAAUGCAUAAUGUACAAAGCCAGUCUGGCUUGUAUUUAUUAGGCAGCCGUCAAAUGAACGUGGACUGAAACAGGAAGGGACUCCCUGGACUUCCAAAAAGAAAAAGGUUUUAAUGUUUUACAAUGGUGCCCCAAUGAAUGCUGUCCAUCUCGGUGACUGUUAGGUUGGCCAUUAUGGUGCCCUAUAGCUCUGCCCUACUGGAAAGGAGGAGGGAAAGGCUGGAGGUGGAGGAAGAGGGCUCCUUGUUGUCCGUCCUCAUACGAUGCUUCUGUCAACCCCUCAUCAACCUCCACAUAGAUUUAUUGAAUUCUACUUGAAACUUGUUCACAUUAACAAACUACCGUAAUUUUACAUAUUUCAAUAAAUGUCAUUUUUGUUUUUGUCAAUGGAAGUCAGUUUUGCCACAUUCUAGUUAGACAAUAUUUCUGAGUGAGCAUAAAACACAGUGCCUUUCCUGCUGUAGAUUUAGGCUAGACCACUCAUUUAGGGCUGCAGUAGAGAAGCAUCGUGUUGUGGGUACCAGAAACAUAGUAAAUAUACACAAUUAGAGUCUGUGAUCCAUCAGAUACUCAGGUGGUAUGGAUGGCACAUUAGUCAUCCAGGAUUCAUGCAGGGCUCUAUUGGGCAUACAUGACAAGGUCCUCUAUGCAUAGUACUAUGUGCACUGUAUGUUAAAGAUGGGCAGGAAGGCAGGAAUCCCCACUUAAUUGGUCAGGGAAAGUUCUAUGAAAUUUAUUUAGAAAAUGAAUGGUU